GGCAAGCAGUCAUUGACAGGAUCAUUUUUCACCAAGUUCUUCUUUCGGAAAGCAGUGUCUCUAAUCUGCGAAGGGUUCGAAAAUUUUUCCGUGACUUAUUUAUUUGAUACGAAAUUUGGCAUUGCAAUGGAAAACGAGAAUCUGAAAGAAAAUUUCAAGUUCUUUUAUCGUAUCGCAAAAGUUUUGAUCUUGGAACUUAACGAUGAAGACAGAGUCCUUGCCGCACAAUGGCUGCGCAAAUUGGCUGCGUGUCAAUCUCCGGAAGAUUCCGAACGGCGUAACCACUACAUGACCCUGCUAUUGAUCACCCUGCAGCAGAAACGUAUCGUAGGCCCGUUCAAGAAGACCCCACCGGAUGGCAACAAGCUGGAGCCUUUCCAAAAGGAAAUCCAAGCUAGCGAUAUCCAGAAGUUGCUCGAUGAAGAACUGGCGCAAAGACCUCCACCUCCGUUGGCCCAGUUUGGUCUUACCGGUGGUAAAAUGUCCACGGAGUUUGCCGUAACGCAAGAGAUCCCAAAAUUUGGAGUACAUUUUUACUACGUCUACACACUGGAACCCAUCUACGACUUCCAACGAGCCAACCAGUCCCGAAUUCCACCACCGAUGAGAGGUCCUUCGCAGUCCACCAUGCGGGACUUAAAUGCCGGCAUAGAACAUCUGCUACGAUCGGAAAAGAAGAAACUGAAGGUCACUGUCGAUCAGUUGGGACGCAAACAGAUUCAGAUACGCGAUGAGCACUUUGCUGAGUUUUCGGGACCAAGUAGACCACGUCGAGUACCGAAACGCCUCCAGAAACGUUUGGGCUUCAAAGCACCAGAGCCAGAACCAGAGCAGGAAACUCCCCUCACUAGCUUCGUGCAAGAAUCGACUCCUCCUAGAAGGACGCCCCAACCUUCGACUUCAUCUACGACCGUUGAAGAAGCCGUCGCAGCAGCAGUUGGUGCUGCUGUUGCAGCUGCUGCCAGUUCGCCACGUGGAUCUGGUGCUGUCCCGAGGCCAACUGGUGCGAUUCCUAAAAGGCCCCGAACGAUUCCCCGGCCGUCUGGUGCUGUUCCCAGACAUACCGGAGCGAUUCCUAAGGCAUCUAGAGCUGCACAAGCCCCUCCACAGCCAUCAUCGCCACAUGUUCCCGUUAUUGAAGUACAGCCUCCUUCACCUGUGAGAGCACCAUCAGUACCCAUCCGGAGAUCACCGAUAAGAUUCACGCCUCAUCCAUUCGCUCCGGAAACGCCACCGUUGUUCUCUGCAGGUGGUUCGACACAAGGCCUCUCCUAUCAACCGGAGGAAUUUGGUUUAGAUCCAAAAACGAAGUUCAACUACCCUCGAGAAAGGAUCACAGCGUCUAAAUGGACUCCAUCAAAACGCGGCGAACGUGUUCAAGUUCUAGAUAUCAUAAAGCAAUAUCCUAUCCCAGAGCAGACUCUUCAUGUGACUCCGGACGAGCGCAUGCGUAUUCGAACGCCGGAAAUUGAGCACGAAGUUGCGGAAACCAUGAGGCGUUCCAAUCUGAUGUUCCAAACGGAUGAUACAAGAACUCGUGAAAUCAUGCGAAAGUAUUACGCUUCAAAGCCAGUUCUACCUAAAGCUCUCGAAUUCGCUCCUGAAGAGGAAACCACCACCCAGCAACCAUUUCUGUUGGAUACAAGUCCUGUUGCCGAGAAACAUCCAGUGCAGAUCCAUACGCCACCAAGCCUGCCUCGUAUAUUAACGCCACGAACUCCUCUCUCACCAUCCUCUCGACCACCCACACCACGUGGUGCAACCACUCCACGAGGCGUACAACCUGCAAGAUCUCCAAGGCAGCUUACCGAUUGGUUUGUGGAAGACGAAGGUCUACUGGACGAUGAGGACAUCCAAUUACGCGAUGAACUCAUUUAUAUUCCAAGUCCAGUACGCGCAUCAGCCCCACGAGCACCAACACCUUCUCCGAGACAAUGGCAGGAGGAAGGUCUACUGGAAGAUGAAGAUAUUCAGUUCGUUGAUGAUCAACCGAGUCCACCACAGUGGAAAACUCCUGUGAUGCCUCUAGUUCGUACGAGACCACCGGUUAGCACCCCACGCUACAGCCCAGAGGUUUCGCCUGGAGGUACCACGGCUCGUUUGAUCGACGCAGGUGACGAUAUUCCUGAAUUCACUCCCAGAUCACCCAGAAGCGUAGCCUCUAUGAUGGACGACAUUAUGCUGACCACUCCGGAGCGAAUGGAGCAACUGGCCAACAUUAUGUCACAAAUUGGACAGCAGGUGGAGGCGCAUCGUGAGCUUAUUCAGAACAUCGAAGAAAUACCAAGAACGCCUUCAAUCGAAAAUCUGCGAAUUGAGUGUGCUCGAGGUGCUGAAACGCUGACAACUCUGCACUCAAGAUUGCGAUCCCUCCGACAGUCGGCUCAAACGAAAACACCAAUCAACGUGGAUGCUGCUCCGCCGGAAAUGGCCCCUGAAGAGCCAGUGCCAUUCAGUCCCAUUCGGUUAUCUCUACAGUUCCAAGAUUUAUCCGACGUCAUAAAUGCCACCGUAGAAGGAGCGCAAAUAAUCCAGCAGGUUGCAGAAUCCGUACCAGAGCCGGUUGUACAAGAAGCAGCGGAUAGGAGUAUAGAUUCGGUUGGAGCUCUGCAAGAAAUUUCCGACCGGGUUCACGAUGUUGCCAAAGUAUGGGAAAAGAGAAUCGUAGACCUCGACACGUCUUCCUUCGGGUUGAUUGAUGAUGAAGAACUGGAUGAGUCUCUGUUUGCGAGUCCGGCGCGUCAAACGGCGAACAGAAUGGUUGAAGCCUUGGACCAGUCGGUGAAGGAAGUAAUCGCUGAAGGCGGCGAUCCUCGUUCUCCGGCUGCACGUAACCUUCAAAGCUCCCUCCGUGAUUUUAGGGAAGCACUGCACAACUUAAGCAUGGAGUCUCCGUCAUUCCUUGAUGAGAGUUUCCCCGCGGACGCCCUCCUGGAUGCAACUCUAGACGAACUGGAAAAUUCCAUUCAAUCGGGAGCAGCUGCAACAUCGGCAGUUUCGAAAACUCCAGACAAUGCGGCUAUUUUGGAUAAGGCUGAAGCAAUUGUUGAAGCAAUGAACGACGUUCUGGAUGAUGUGCAAUCGAUUGUAGCUCCAGAUGGUGUUCUGGAAGAUGAGGUGGAUGAAGACGAACAAUUUGUCGAAGAAUUCUUUGCAGAAUCGAGACCACAGCAGGAACUGCCACCUCCACCCGAAGCAAUGCAAGAGGAAAUGUUGAAUCUUCUCGAGAAAACCAGACUGCAACAGCAAGCGCUUCUGGAGUCAAGUUUGGAAAUUGAAGAAAAUGCCGUGGAUGCCGCAGCUGUAGCAGCUAGUCAGCAAGCUACGCAAAUGAUCCAACAGGCUCAACAAGUUGUAACUGACAUGAUAACCAGUGUUGCGGGAUCACCAUUCUUAGAAGACGAUAAAGACUUUGCCUGGUUAGGACCAAUGGCCCUUGAACCAGAAACCCGGUCAACUACUGCAGGCAGACGUCAAAUGCGGCCACCAGCUAGGUCGGCAACAAGACAAGCUGCAGCGCGAGUACCUACCGCCAGACCAACCGCACCGAGGCCAGCUGCACCGAGGCCAGCUGCACCGAGGCCAGCUGCAGCGAGACCAGCCGCAGCUAGACCAUCUGCAGCGAGACCAACUUCCGCCAGAACACCGGCAAGGCCACAAGCUAUCCGACGUCCAGCAAGAGGAGCUUCUCCCGAACCAUUUGCGCUGCCUGCUGGGGUUCAAGCGCCAAGACCACGUGCCGGCUCGGCAACUCCAAUACCCGUCAGAAGGCCACCGCGUCCCAUUCCGCUACCGGGAUCGACAUCUGCGACACAAAUACCAGCGCAACCAUCCUCUUCUGGGAUCCGAACCAUGCUACCGCGACCAGGCUCUACGACCGCUGACAGGUGAACAGGUUGUCAGUGUUUUCGGCAGAGAGAGAGAGAGAGAGGAAUAGUUAAUGGUUCUGGAUUGUGAGUUAUAUUUUUAUAAAUAUAUUUAUAUCUGUGUACAA